CCGGGAAACGCGGCUCCCCCUCCGUUGGCUUCGCGCUCUUGUCUGCUUGCACGCCUAUGUGAUACGUGUUUCGUGGCGUUCUGCCUUCGUUUUUUCUCUAAGUCGCAUUUAAAGAGUCCUCUUUCUGCAGGCCCCAGAUCGCUCGGACGGACGCGAGGCCAGCGCUGGCGGUUCUCUCCCCUGCGACCGCGCGUGUAGUCGUUUUCUAUCGUGGGUCUGGGGAAAAGGAUUUUUUUAAAAAGACAAGACAGAGGAUAUUCGCCCCCCCAGACGAUGACCAACAAUGUGAGAGCGCAGAGAGACCGACGGGACUCUGUCUUGAACUCCCGUUCUCGCUGCGUCGAGCUUCCGUCGCUUCCGCUCCUCUCUGCUUGCCUCCGCUGUCUCUCGCCUCGUAACUGCCUAUAGAAACCCAUCAGUACACGUCAACGUACACACAGCUACACACAUAGAUGUAUGCAUAUGUAUUCGCUGUUUCGCUGUUUCCCGAGCUGUAGAUCGCUGUAGUGUUCUUGGCUGUCGAGAGACAGAAAAGGCCCCCCUCUCUCUGAAUCGCGGAGCUUGCAAAAAAUGACGAGCGCAAGGACGAGAGAAGGACUCGUGGGUGCGGAGGCACCUCUGGGCGAAGGGGAAGAAGAUCUUCAGGAUUCGAUCGCUUGCUCGGUUCCCCGCGCGCCGACGAACUCUUUCGAAGAAGGAUACGAAGUGGAGUGCGUUGACGAAUGUCCAUACAUCAAAUUCCAACACGCUUCCAAGUUGCCUCUCUCUCCACUGCUUUUCGACGCUUCUUCGUCUCCCGCUCCUCUUCCCGAGCGUCUGCUGGCUGCGAGGUGUACUGACAGCCUGUGUCUUCUGCACUGUUGCGGCGUGCUGCUGCUGCCGGGCCUCGACAGCAUCCUGGCGGUCGACGCAACGGAAGCCGCUUGCGGAUCGCCGAUUUCUCGCGGCCGUCUUCCCCUGCAUGCGUCGAAGGAAGGCGAGACGAAAGAUGCGUUUCCUUCUCUCCUGCUCCUCAGUCCGGACGCGCGAUUUCUCGCGGUGGCCGUCGACUGCCAGGUGAAGCUCGUCCAGCUAGGCGGGUGUGGAGGACCCUCGUGUUCGAAGAGCGCGGGCGAGGCUUCGAGGGAGGGGAACGCAGAAGCGCGUCUGGGUGGACAGCAGGGGGGAGAUAGUUGCAUUUCUGAGAAGACACAAGUCCUCUCUCUGGCUGGCUUCGCUUCGCCUGUCAAAGACAUCUCGUGGAUCUGGCCGUCUGGAGACAGAACGGAGACAUGGUGCGAAGGCGACACACAAGGCGACGCAGAGCGCCUGAUUGGGCUGGCUGUCUUGACAGAAAGUGGAGAGGCUUUUAUUCUCUCUCCGAGGGGCGCCCAGGCGUUUCCUCUCCCUGCACACGGCCUCGCCAUCCACGCGCUGCCGCGACGGAGCCCAGCGGCCGCGAAGAGCGAGGGGGCCGGGCCAGGGGGUCUCGCACCCCUGACGGCGGUCGUGAGCUGCUGCGCGCCCGCGUCCCUUUGGCUAGUUGGGCUCCAGGAGACUGCGCUGCUUCCGGAAGGCAGCGGGCAGGGCGAGUCGCUGUACGACUUCGGCCACCGACGACCGGAUGUGAGCCGAGAGACCGCGAAUGAAGAGAAGAGGAAGGGGAGAAGAAAAAUUCGAGUUGAAGGUCUGGCCGACAUUCCCGGCUACGAAGACGAGGCACAGGCUUUGCACAAAGGGCGAGGCCGCUUCGUAGGUGUGCACUGCCUGGGCGCUUCUCUUGAUUCUGCUGCGGGCGAGAGUCCGCUGCCCCUGGCGCUCGCGUGGUUCGUCCCCGACGCGGACCUGUCCACGGGAGAAGACGAUUGGGAGAAGCCGGAGCUGGAGAGCGACUCUGCGGAACCUCGCCUCGACCCACUGCGGCAGGCGCCCGCGUCGGCCGAGGACUGCGGCGAUUCGUGGAGCUGCUUCAUCCUCUUCGGCUUCCUCGCCCGGCGUCCAUACACCCCCUCGGACGCGCGGGCGCUCCCCGGAGACAUCGGCGAGGCAGAGAGCGCAGACGAGAAGGAAGAGCUCGUUUUCCGCGUCUACGCCGCGAGUCGAAACGAGAUGUUUCUGCGGUCUGUCGCGGCCUCGACCGUCUGCAGAUUUCGGUGGAUUCCUCAGUGGCACUGCCUGUGGGUUUUCAGCAACGCAUGCACGCAAGUGAUCUGCUUCGCGCUGCCCCACAGCUUCUCCCGGAACGGAGAUCCUCUCCCGUCUCCUCGCAGCUCCUCGUUCCUCGGCUCUGGCGAGGUCCCCUGGCGCUGCUUCACGAUGCCUGAAGGCCGCGCUCUGGAGACGGCAGACGAAGACGCCUUUCCUCAAGGUCUUGCGCUCUUCUUCAACUUCAAGGAAAGCAUGUUCAGAGAGCACUCCACCACAGACACGCCGCCGCUCGAGCAUCCGCCUGUCUUCUUCCUCCUUCAGUCCGACGGUCAGGUCUGCGUCCAUCUCGCGGACUGCUGCGAAUGCUAUGUGGAUGACGCGGGCAUUGGAAAGGAGAAGAGGCUGCUGCCUCGUCUAGAGUGGACUCCCGUAUCUCCGCCAUCUUCUUUUCUGCUGACAUCGUGGACAGAAACACGGCGACGCGCUUGCGGGGAACAGCCUGCGACUCCAGUCCCCAAGGUGUCUCCACCUGCCCUGUCUCCUUCCUCGAGUUCUCUUGCUUCGCCGCUCUUCGCUUCGCUUCAACAGGGAAAGCCGACGCCUUCUCUGUUCGGAACUCCGUCGACGAAUGCUGCUUCAGCGCCUUUGUUUUCUUCCUCCUCAGGGACUUCGUUGUUCCCUUCUUCUGCUUCCUCGACUUCUCUGUUCACACCUGCGAAGAGCGAGGAGGAGGCGAGGAAGACCGGGUGGGUGGUUCCCACUACGCACCUGAAAGUCACUUCUGCUUCGUCUGCUGCAAACGAUCCGUCUGCUUCAAACGGCGCGUCUGCUUCGAAUAACUUGUCUGCUUUAGACGGCUCUUCUCCUCGUCCUCUCAGCAGCAGUCGUAAGGACUGUGUGGACCAGGCGCGUCCGGCGGCGAAGGAGACGCGUGAGGAGGCGCCGACGCGCAGACUGCCUGCAAAGUCUUCGAGCAGAGACCCUCAGAGAAGAGGACACUGCUUGCAUUGUGGGGCAGUGGACGUCGGCGACCGUCGCGGCGGAAGAGAAGCAGAGCGAAGGCGGAGAGAGAAGAAGCUGCGACGCAGAGUGGAAGCGAAGAACGCGUCUCUUCGGCAGGCAGCCGCGGCCGCAAAUGAGGUGAUUGAGGCGACCCUUCAAGCUGCUCGAGGGACCAAGGCGGAGCCGGCGAGAGAGAAGAACGCGAAGAAGCGCAUUCUGCUGACGGAGGAGCAGUCGGAGGUGAAGGCACUCCUCGACGAGUUCGACGAGAAAAAACAUGCGUUCUGCUCCUUCUCCCGCUUCCUCCCCUCCUCCCUCUUCCGGCCUCUUCUUCUUUCUGCGCGCUGCUUCGAGAAUGCGUUGCGACACGAAGAACGGCGCGACGUCCUCCUCGAGUCGUCGCCCGUUUCUUCUUCUGCCUCUUCUUCUGCCUCUUCUUCUUCCUCUUCUUCUUCCUCUUCCCCCGGGUCGCUUUUCGUCAGUCGCUGUGGGGAGAAGGAUGCCCCGGUGGACUGUGGGGCAGAGCAAGAGAAGCCGACUGCGGCUCUGCUGCCCGCCGCGGCAGCGGGUCUGGCGCGCACUGGACGGCUGGCGGACAAGUUGAAAGACGAACAACGGAACGUUCGCACAAAACAGGAAACGGAGACGGAGGUUGUGGAGACGCUCCAAGAAGCCCAGCAGCACCUCGUUGCGUGGCGCAGCUGUCUCGAGGCCGUCAGGGACGAGUUGCUUCUGCGCAUGCAGUUCGCCGAGAAGAGCGAGAACCCGACCGAGAGAAAUGGAGAACAGACGGACGCCGCGGGCCGAGAAGAAGGAAGAAGAGACCGAGAAGCAGACGGACGAGAAGAGAAGAGAGAGAGACAGGCGGAGAGAGGCAACAGCGUCACAGAAGAAGACGUGAUCGCGUGCAUGCAGAAAAUACAGUCGGAGUCGGGAGCGAGACGGAAUCUGUUCGAGGCAUUGCAAACGCUGCUUCCUGCCGAUUCUGAGCACGCGCAGCUGAACACCGAUACACACAUAAAAUGCGUCUUGACUCACCUGGAGUCUGGCCUCUUGAGGGCCGAACGUCGUCUCCUUCUGUUGCUGCAGCGGUUCCGGUUCUACACCUCCUUCCAGACUCGAUUUCCUUCCUCGCUUGAUCCGGAAUCUGGAAGUUCUGUGCGUCGACUUGCCGCCAGCGGCUGGCCGGGCUCGUGGAAAAUCAACAGUGGUCUUUCUUCGCUCUCUUCGUACGGUGACAAGGGUGUCUCCAGCCUCCCGCUUGCCCACGGAAAAGACUCAGACAGAGACGCUCGCACCAAGAGGGGGAGUGUACAUACACCCGACACGGCAUGUGGCCGAGGACGACCCGGAGGGUGCUAUGGGCUCCGAUUUGAGUGGCUUGAAGAAGACGAGUUUCCGGACAAAAGAGAAGAAUCUGUAGUCGAUUCUCACCGUCGUGUCUCGUCGACAACUCAUCCUGUCUCAGAGGGGACUCCUGGCGCCCGACCUUCUCUCGCUUUUUCUCUCUCUGCGUCCCCGCCCUCCGCGUUUCACCUGUCUCUCUUUGGGUCUCCUAGAGGGGCGGGAGACUCGCGGAUCGCCUGCUCCCAGGGUCCAGGCGGCAGUGUGAAAGACGGUGGAUUAGCUGGCAGCCGCUCAGGAGCCGCGAGCGGGGAUUUCCUUCUCGACAUGCAUGCAGAGCAUCGCGCAGCGGGCCUCGUCGCCGAGCUCGAGGCUGCAGUGAGUGAGUUCCUCUCUUCGGUGCGUCAACUGGAAAUCGACCUCGCGAAGCUGGAAUGGAAGGCGACAGAUCUUCAGUCUCCUGCUCGCCAGUCUCCAUCGUCUUCUUCUUCGACUUCGUCGUUCGCUGCGUCUCUGUCGCUUCUUUCUUCAAGUGUCUUCGGAGAGCCGUUGCCGCCUUCCGGACCUUCAAGGCUCCCCGAUGUCGCGGGUGCUGAGAAGCCAGCGAAGGACGGAGAACAACGUUUUCCUGUGUCUUCUCUCCGCGAGCAGAGAGAACGGUUUGACGAACGCCGCAAGCUGCGCAGGCAGCUGCUGGAGGUGUGGCGCGCGACGACGAGCACAGACCCUCAACAGGAAGGGGAAGAGGAAACAGAGACUGACGCAGACGAAGAAGAGGAAGAGGAGGAAGAAGAGGAAGAGGAGGAAGAAGAGGAAGAGGAGGAAGAAGAGGACGAGGAGGAAGAAGAUGAGGAAGAGGAGGAAGAAGAUGAGAGUGAUGCAUUUGAAGUUCUGGAGGAUUCAAGUUCAGUGAGUCACGACGAAGAAAGCGAUGAAUGGGAACCUGUAGGCAGCGCGUCUCCUGAAAAUCCACAGACUCCACCUCGUCAGUCGGUCGUUUCUAGGAGACUAGGAGCUUCGCUGAGAUCCGGGAGAAGGACCUCAAGGAGCAAACAGAGAGCGAAGUUCGCGCCUCUCUCAGGAGACGAGGAUUCGUCUGAGAAUGCUUGUUCUUCGUCGCCGUCCUCCCCCGACGAUGUCUCUCCGCGGCGUCCUGGAGCAGAGCUAUCCGACUCGGAAGGUGCUCCCGAAGACGGAGCGUCUUGCUCAAAUUCACACGACGAAUCGGCGAGUCUCCCUGUAUGUGGUGUGCCGGGAGAAACACACAGUAUCUCCCAUUCGUCUCUCUUUUCCAUCAAACCUGAGGACGUCACCCAACCUCCGCAGUCUGCGUCUUUCCAAUUCGCCUCUUCUCUUGCCCCCCGCAGAGCGUCCGGUCUAGGACACACUUUGUUCUCAUUCGCGUCCAAUUCUUCCUCGCUUCCUCCUGACCCCACAAAGCCUUCGUCUGCUUCCUCAGCUCUUCUUCCUCCUGAUCCCACAAAGCCUUCGUCUGCUUCCUCAGCUCUUCUUCCUCCUGAUCCCACAAAGCCUUCGUCUGCUUCCUCAGCUCUUCUUCCUCCUGAUCCCACAAAGCCUUCGUCUUCUACCUCAGCUCUUCUUCCUCAUGAUCCCACAAAGCCUUCGUCUGCUUCCUCAGCUCUUCUUCCUCCUGAUCCCACGAAGCCUUCGUCUUCUACCUCAGCUCUUCUUCCUCAUGAUCCCACAAAGCCUUCGCUUUUUACUUCAGCUCCUCUUCCUCCUGAUCCCACAAAGCCUUCGCUUUUUACUUCAGCUCCUCUUCCUCCUGAUCCCACAAAGCCUUCGCUUUCUACCUCAGCUCCUCUUCCUCCUGAUCCCACAAAGCCUUCGCUUUCUACCUCAGCUCCUCUUCCUCCUGAUCCCACAAAGCCUUCUUCUUCUACCUCCGCUCCUCUUCCUCCUGACCCCACAAAGCCUUCGUCCUCUACCUCAGCUCCUCUUCCUCCUGAUCCCACAAAGCCUUCGUCCUGUACCUCAGCUCGUCUUCCUCCGGACCCCACAAAGCCUUCGUCUUCUACCUCAGCUCCUCUUCCUCCUGAUCCCACAAAGCCUUCGUCUUCUACGUCAGCUCCUCUUCCGCCGGACCCCACAAAACCUUCUUCUUCUACCUCAGCUCCUCUUCCUCCUGAUCCCACAAAGCCUUCGUCUUCUACGUCAGCUCCUCUUCCUCCGGACCCGACAAAGCCUUCGCUUUCUACCUCAGCUCCUCUUCCUCCUGAUCCCACAAAGCCUUCGCUUUCUACCUCAGCUCCUCUUCCUCCUGAUCCCACAAAGCCUUCUUCUUCUACCUCCGCUCCUCUUCCUCCUGAUCCCUCAAAGCCCUCGUCUUCUACCUCAGCUCCUCUUCCUCCUGAUCCCACAAAGCCUUCGUCUUCUACGUCAGCUCCUCUUCCUCCGGACCCCACAAAGCCUUCUUCUUCUACCUCAGCUCCUCUUCCUCCUGAUCCCACAAAGCCUUCGUCUUCUACGUCAGCUCCUCUUCCUCCGAACCCCACAAAGCCUUCGUCUUCUAUCUCAGCUCCUCUUCCUCCGGAUCCUACAAAGCCUUCGUCCUCUACCUCAGCUCCUCUUCCUCCUGAUCCCACAAAGCCUUCGUCUUCUCCCUCAGCUCCUCUUCCUCCGGACCCCACAAAGCCUUCUUCUUCUACCUCAGCUCCUCGUCCUCCAGAACCUUUGGAUCCUGGAGCUGUCGGCAGGGAGAAAGGCGAAGAAGAGACAGGAGAAGGAGAGAGAAUCGUCUCAGACUUGGGAGAGAAGGUUGCCGAGGUGUCUCCUGAUCUGUCGGAGACUAGUCUCUCUUCUGGUUCUUCUUCCUACGCCCAGGCGCGCGAAUUGAGUCAGCCGGAGUUGCAGACGUCCGAGAAGAAGGCGGGGGACGUGGAGAAGAAGGCCGAGGCCGGCGAAGACAAGCCGAAGAUUGCAUCUUCUCUCUUGGGCGUCACAUCUCUUGGCGCCUCAAACGCCGCGCCGCCUGCGUCUUCACCUUUCGGCGACUCGACGACUUCAUCCUUCGCCGCUGUCGGGCCGCAGGCGGGGUCUCCGUUCUCGUCUCAGGCGCCGAGCUUUGGCUCUGCCUCCAGUCAGACCGCCGGAAGCUUUUUCACGGGGACAUUUGACACGAAGCCGAGCGCGGGAGGCUCUUCGCUGUUUGGAGGCUCCAAACUGGAUCUGAAGAGCCUGAGUGAGUCGCUCGCCGCGCCUCCUCCGAUGACUUCCGGCUUCGCUGGAAAUUCUUUUCUCUCCGGGGGCCUCUUUGGGUCGUCGCCCGCGUUCUCCGCGUCGGCGCAGCCUGGCGAGAAGCUCGCGGGAGGCGCGAACUCUGGUGCGCAGGUCGGAGGCGGCCUCCUAGGUCUCUCGACCCAGCAGCCUUCCUUUGCUUCGCCUUUCUCCGCCGCCUUCGGCUCGAACGCGUCGCCUUUCUCCGGGGUAACAGCCGCGCCCUUCGGCGGAAUAGGCGCUGGCGGAGACGCCGCGGCCGCAGCGCCUUCUGUCUCUUUCAGGGACGUUGCCGUCGACGACCUCAGCAUCGGACAGAGACAGACCUACAGCUUCGGCAUGGCGGAUAACAGCAGCAACCUCUCUUCUGUUAAUCUCGGUGGUAGCUCGCUUGGAAACUCAGGGCCGACUCCAGAACGCACCGGCUUUGCGAAUCUCGCCGGGAAUGGAAGUGGGGGCUUCGCGGCGUUCUCCACGGUCACGGCACCCACGGGCGGCGGCUUCGCGGCUUUGGCUGCGCAGAACUCGACAGGCUCCGGCUUCUUUUCUUCUUCGUUCUCCUCUUCGUCGUCUUCGUUUGCGUCUUCGUCAUCUUCUUUUGCGUCUUCGUCGUCUUCGUUCCCCUCUUCGUCGUCUUCGUUCCCCUCUUCGUCGUCUUCGUUUGCGUCUUCGUCAUCUUCUUUUGCGUCCUCCCCGUUCUCCUUCACUCCUGCGGGGGCGUCAGGGGCUGCUGCCGCGCCCUCUGCGUUCCCGGCUGGAGGCGCGUUUCCUUCGUCUGCUGUCUCCUCCUUCUCCGGCUUCGGUGCUUCGACCGCGCCGGGGACAGGCUUCGGCUCCACCGGCGCCUCGCCUUCUGGUUUCGCCGCCUUUGCUAGCCAAGGGCCAGCAGCCUCGAGCGCCGGCAGGGCCGCGGCGCCCGCGGGUGGCUCUCUCUGGAGUCGGCCGAGAACGUCCAAUCCUCUCAACUGAACGACGGGCAGGUGGACGAGGGAUUCGGAGUCUCUGAAAAAGUGCGUUUUGACGGAGUCUUUUGGGCUCUGGAGAAAGCAGAGUGAAAAACGAGAGUUCUGCGCUUGUCAGAGAAGCACGAAAAAAUGAACGCGACAGACGCGGCCCAUCUAAAUUAUAAACACAUAGGCGGAUCGACUCUCAAAGUCCUACCAUCCCACAGGCCGUUUGCCGUUUUGUGAACUUCUUGGUGGUGAGCACGGGAGGCGCGAAGUCCAGACAAGUACCGGAGAAAGGCCCUCCUUCCUCAGAGCCUUGAUUUUCCUUUCUUUCCUAGGCUUUUUUCUUCUCUCUGACCAUUCACAGUCCCUGUUUCCAAUCCUUUUCGCCUUCAUGAGUUUCUUGACAACGUAACAGAAACCGACAGAGACUCGACCUAAGAUAUCCAGGUCCUCUCUGUGUAUGCGUUUGCGGAUCGAAACAAGAAACCUCAAAGGAACCCCGCACACGUUCUCCCUUCAAACAAGUCUGGGUGCUCGUUUCAUUUCUUUUCUGGAUUUCCGGUCCUUCCAUGGAUUCCUUGAAAGCUUGCCGG